UCAACCCAAGGAGGAGGAGGAAGACAACAACCAGUGCAGCAAAGAGGAACGUGUGUCCGGUGGUCCCGAUCCCCACGGAGCUAGUAGCUGGGAAUCCAGAGCCUUGCUCAUCCUCCAGACUUGCAUCAGCCUGGCCUCUUCACCACUGUGGCCAUGGGGCCAUGGGCUCUGCUGGUCCUGUUGGUGGCAACAGCUUGGCAUGGUCAGGGGGUCCCGGUUAUAGAGCCCCGAGGCCCCGAGCUGGUUGUGGAGCCAGGCACAGCAGUGACCCUGCGAUGUGUGGGCAACGGCAGCAUGGAGUGGGACAGUGCUACCUACCCUGGCUGGACCCUGGACCCUGAGGCUCCCAGAAGCAUCCUGACCACGACCAAUGCCACCUUCCGAAACACAGGAACCUAUCGCUGCACUGAGCCUGGAGAACCCUCGGGGGACAACGCCACCAUCCACCUAUUCGUGAAAGACCCUUUACGUCCCUGGAACAUCCUGGCAGAGGAGGUGACGGUGUUUGAGGGUCAGGACACGCUGCUGCCCUGUCUGCUCACCAACCCGGAGCUGGAGGCUGAUGUCUCACUGAUGCGGGCACGGGGCCGGCCUGUCCGGCAUGACACCGACUACUCCUUCUCACGCUGGCGUGGCUUCACCAUUCACAAGGCCAAGUACCUUGACAGCUCGGUUUACCAGUGCAGCACCCUGGUGCGUGGUAGGAAGGUGCUGUCCAUCGGCAUCCAGCUCAAGGUGCAGAAAGUCUCAGGGUUCCCAACCUUGAUGCUGAAGCCUGCCGAGCUGGUGCGGAUUCAAGGGGAGGCUGCUCAGAUUGAGUGUUCAGCCAGCAAUGUGGACCCCGUCUUUGACAUCUUCCUCCAACGCGGAGACACCAAGCUGACAGUCCAUCCAGAAAUUGUUUACCAUGAAGGCCGUUACCAUAAAGUGCUGAUCCACAGCCUCGAUCACGUAGGCUUCCAAGAUGCUGGCAACUACUCCUGCGUGGCCACCAAUGCCCAGGGCAGCAACUCUGCCUCCAUGGUCCUCCGGGUGGUAGAGGGUGCCUACUUGAACUUGACCUCUGAGCAGAAUCUCCUCCAAGAGGUGAGCCUGGGUGAGAAGUUCAACCUCAAAGUCAAGGUGGAGGCCUACCCGGUUCUGCAAGGCUUUAACUGGACCUACCUGGGACCCUUCUCUGACCAGCAGACCAAGCUCAAUUUUGACAUCAUCAAGGACACAUACAGGUAUACCUCCACCCUCUCCCUGCCCCGCCUGAAGCCCUCUGAGGCCGGCUGCUACUCCUUCCUGGCCCGAAACACAGGAAACUGGAAAGCUCUGACCUUCGAAAUCACCCUUCGAUACCCCCCAGAAGUAAGAGUCAGCCGGGCCUUCAUCAAUGGAUCUGAUACUCUGGUCUGUGAUGCCACCGGGUACCCACGACCCAACGUGACAUGGCUGCAGUGCCAGGGGCACACUGAUAGAUGUGAUGGGGCCCAGGAGCCAGUCUUGGAGGACGCACACCAUGAGGUUCUGAGCCAGGAGCCCUUCCACAAGGUGACUGUGCGGAGCCUGCUGGCCAUUGGAGGCCGGGGACACAACACGACCUAUGAGUGCAGGGCCCACAACUGGGCAGGGAACGCCUCCGAUGCUUUCUGGCCCAUCUCUGUCGAAGCCAGUAAGCAUCCCAUUGAGGAGCCCCUCUUCACACCGGUGCUGGUUGCCUGCAUGUCCAUCAUGGCCUUGCUGCUACUGCUGCUGGUGCUGCUUCUGUACAAGUACAAGCAGAAGCCCAAGUACCAGGUGCGCUGGAAGAUUAUCGAGAGCUAUGAAGGCAACAGUUAUACCUUCAUUGACCCCACCCAGCUGCCCUACAAUGAGAAGUGGGAGUUUCCCCGAAACAACUUGCAGUUUGGUAAGACCCUUGGAGCUGGUGCCUUUGGGAAGGUGGUAGAGGCCACAGCCUUUGGUCUGGGCAAGGAAGAUGCUGUUCUGAAGGUGGCUGUGAAGAUGCUGAAGUCCACAGCUCACGCUGAUGAGAAGGAGGCCCUCAUGUCGGAACUGAAGAUCAUGAGUCACCUGGGCCAGCAUGAGAAUAUAGUCAAUCUUCUAGGAGCCUGCACACAUGGAGGCCCUGUCCUGGUCAUCACUGAAUACUGUUGCUAUGGUGACCUGCUCAACUUUCUGCGCCGAAAGGCUGAGGCCAUGCUGGGACUCAGCCUGAGUCCAGGCCAGGAUCCCGAUGGGGUCACUGGCUACAAGAACAUCCACCUGGAGAAGAAAUACAUCCGCAGGGACAGCGGCUUCUCCAGCCAGGGUGUGGACACCUACGUGGAGAUGAGGCCUGUCUCCACUUCAUCUUCAAACGACUCCUUCUCUGAACAAGACCUGGACAAGGAGAAUGGGCGGCCCAUAGAGCUCAGAGACCUGCUCCACUUCUCGAGCCAAGUGGCCCAGGGCAUGGCCUUCCUCGCUUCCAAGAACUGCAUCCACCGGGAUGUGGCAGCCCGAAAUGUGCUGUUGACCAGUGGGCAUGUGGCCAAGAUUGGGGACUUCGGGCUGGCUAGGGACAUCAUGAAUGACUCCAACUACAUUGUCAAGGGCAACGCCCGCCUGCCCGUGAAGUGGAUGGCUCCAGAGAGCAUCUUCGACUGUGUCUAUACGGUUCAGAGUGAUGUCUGGUCCUAUGGCAUCCUCCUCUGGGAGAUCUUCUCACUUGGGCUGAACCCCUACCCUGGCAUCCUGGUGAACAGCAAGUUCUAUAAACUGGUGAAGGAUGGUUACCAAAUGGCCCAGCCUGCGUUUGCCCCAAAGAACAUAUACAGUAUCAUGCAGGCCUGCUGGAACCUGGAGCCUACCCACAGACCUACUUUCCAGCAGAUCUGCGUCCUCCUUCAGGAGGUCAAAGUGGACAGGAAAGAGCAGGACUACACCAACCUGAUCAGCAGCAGCAGCGGCAGCAGCAGCAGCAGCAGCGGUGGUGGCAGCGGCAGCAGUGAGCCAGAGGAGGAGAGCUCAAGUGAGCACCUGGCCUGCUGUGAGCAAGGGGAUAGUUCCCAGCCACUGCUGCAGCCUAACAACUACCAGUUCUGCUGAGGUGAUGACAGGGAAGCACUGCCUCUCCCUUCCUCCAAGCUUCAGUUCCUCCAUGCAUGGGCAACAUGGGGAGAACAUACAAACUCUGCCCUUGGUCAUGUCACUCAACAGCCUGCCCAGCUCUGAAACUCCGGAAUGUCAAUGACUCACAGGAGGUCGGAGGACCCCACUUCUGGAGCCUGGGCCCUCACUGCCAUCCAGGGGCUGGGGGCUGAGCCCCUAUCGCCUCCGCUACCGUUCUCAGUGCUGCCAGCCUCACAUUUGCUAUGCCAACUGGUAGAACCCCCAGCUCACUCUCAAUCUUGUUCCCACUUCCAGGAACCCCUUUCCCUAGCCCUGUUGUGUCUCAAUGGUUUUGUGCCUAACAAGUCCUCAGGAGCUGUCCUAGUAUUCAGAAAACAAGGCCCCUCAGGACUACACAGACUGGCAGAGUAGGAGCCCCUUCACUGACCGGGUGGAGCAGCAGAAGGCAGCUGGUGCUCGGAGGCUGCAUUCAGCUCCGGCCCUCAGGACAAGGGGCUCCUCUGUAAGAAUCUAACAGCACCUCCUGAUCUCUGCCUCAUAGAAGCCUCCACCCCCACCCCUGCCCGGAUCUGGUACUGCUGUAAUAAUGAGCCACAUGGCAGCUAAAAGCUAGGGGUGUUCUGCCCAGUACUCUGUCAUUCUGGGAGGGCAAGCACAGGACCUUGGCGUGUGGCUGGCCACACCAAGCAAGCACACACUCCCCCCAGUUGACUCAUCAUAACUAACGGUCACGCUGCGGGAUGUCUCAUCAACAUUAAACUAACAGCAUUAACGAA